CUGUAGACCAUACAGGCCAUAGAACUCAAAGGACACAUCUUCUCCCGGUCAAGAGCAUGAUAUGAUUCCAUUCCAAACGAUAGAGUUCCGGUGCCACGGCCAAGGCACAAUGACAGCUUGACCUUCACCUGCGAUCGACACCCUCUCUUAACAUUUGUCCGUCGACCACCCUGGGAUCACAUAAACAAUGACCAACCUGAUAAAUCCUGAUGCUGCGACACAGGAGCCCCGAUCCCCUCUCCCAGAUCUCUCUAGACUCUCAAUCGAGCCUUCCCAUGUACCAACAUCGCCCUACCUACUGACCGAGAUGUCACUCGAUCGCUUUCCUACCAUAGCAAUCGAUCCCAUUGCGCUUAUAACUACAGAAUGUAUUACAAUCACCUCGGCCAUGCGCAAGCAUGCUCGGUGGGCCCAAUCAUCAGUCUCUGCCAUUCUCGGAGGAGGUGCCUCCAGGCUACAGACAAGAGAUCUACAACGACCCGACUCGCAAAGUCGACGCGGGAGCAAGAUGGCCGUCAUUUCCGACCCCAGCAAAGCGACUCUUAAUAUUCCACAUGCUAUGGACGACGACAACGCCAGCUUAGCCAGUCGGUGGGGCCUUCGAGGGAAGAAGGGCAAGAGUCUCCAGGACAAUCCACUCCUAUCUGCCUUUGCCCGCCUGCGGAGAGAUCUGGCUGGGUGCAAAGACGUCUCGACCGUAGACGCACCUGAACUUCUUCACCCAUUUCUACAGGUCAUUCGAAGCUCGUCGACGAGUGCCACGAUCACCAGUCUUGCCGUUAUUUCCAUCACCAAGUUCUUCUCCUACAACAUCAUCUCUAUGAAAAGUCCACGGAUUGCCUUUGCCAUGCACUUGCUAAGUGCCGCAAUCACACACUGUCGUUUCGAGGCAAGCGACACUUCUGCGGAUGAGGUGGUUUUGUUGAGGAUACUUAGACUGAUGGAGAGCAUCAUCUCACGACCUGAGGGUCAAUUACUCGGCGAUGAGAGCAUUUGUGAAAUGAUGAGUACUGGUCUCAGUAUGUGCUGUCAGGCACGGCUAUCAGAAGUACUCCGAAGAUCCGCCGAGAUGGCCAUGGUCACCAUGUGUCAAGUCGUUUUUGGCCGACUCAGGUCACUGAAAGUCGAAGAAAUUCCCAAAUUGAGGAGCCGCUCUAACACAAGAACCACCCUUUUAAGUCCUGCCGAAGAUCUCAAAAUUGAGCCACCAAUGACCGGGAGCGUCAUGGGCAAUGGUGGCCUAUCACGACCGAGUUCCGAAACCGAUGUGCGGGCUAGCAUUGAACCUACCACUGAAGCAAGAGAUCCCUCUGUUCUCCCUCAAACAACUGUCCCCCAGAGUGCGGAAGACGAGUUUGAGAACGUCGAACCAUACUCAUUACCAUCAAUUAAAGAGCUUUUCAGAGUGCUGAUCGGACUGCUGGACCCCCACGAUAAGACCCAUUCAGACCCCAUGAGGAUCAUGGCUUUGAGGAUCAUCGAUGUUGCCCUGGAGGUCGCUGGCCCUUCAAUAGCACAGCAACCCACCCUUGCCGUCAUUGUUCAGGACGACCUUUGUCGACAUCUAUUCCAGCUCGUUCGAUCGGAUAAUAUGGUUUUACUGAACAGCUCUUUGCGGGUGGCGGGAACUUUGCUGGCCACUUGUCGUAAGCUUCUUAAGCUUCAACAGGAGCUGUUCCUGUCGUAUCUUGUGGCUUGCCUCCACCCCCGCGUCGAUAUUCCACAGGAGCCAGGGAUCGACCCUUCCUUGUACGAAGGUGUACCGCAAUCACCGAAGCUCGUCAGACCAGCACCAUCACAACCCAGCAGUGGACGCUCAACACCUAUUCCGAUUAAGGAUCGGCAAAAACUAGGACUAGAGGGCGGUGCUAGGCGGCCCGAAGCACGGGAGGCAAUGGUUGAAAAUGUUGGAACUCUGGUUCGAAUGCCAACAUUCAUGGUCGAACUAUUCAUCAACUAUGAUUGUGAUGUGGACAGACAAGACCUGUGUGAGGACAUGAUUGGCUUGCUCGCCCGCAAUGCUUUCCCAGACUCAGCGACCUGGAGCACCGUCAAUGUUCCCCCGCUCUGCCUAGACUCGUUGCUCAAUUUUAUCUCCUUCAUUGCCGAGCGUCUGAAUCAAGAGGUGCCUUCAUGGGCAGAAAGGCGCACUGAGGACAUGCGACAACAAAGGUUGAGGAAAAAGAUCAUCAAAAGCGGUGCCACCAAGUUCAACGACGACCCUAAAGCAGGUGUGGCUUUUCUGGUGAGAAAUGGCAUCAUCUCAAAUCCAGAUGACCCAAUACAGAUUGCACGAUUCUUGAAGAGCACCUCACAUGUUUCCAAAAAGGUCCUGGGGGACUUCUUGACAAAAAAGUCAAAUACCCAGUUGCUGACGGCAUUCAUUGGUCUCUUCAAAUUUGAAGACAAACGAAUUGACGAAGCGCUUCGAGAACUGCUGGGCGCAUUCCGCUUACCUGGUGAAUCAGCCCUAAUCGAGCGCAUUAUUACAACCUUUACCGAAAAAUACUGCGCAGAAGCAGCUCCCGAGGAAAUCGCAGACAAAGAUGCGGCUUUCGUUCUGACAUACGCCAUCAUCAUGCUAAACACAGAUCUCUACAAUCCCAAUGCUUCCAAGACCCAAAAGAAGAUGACUGCGGAAGAUUUUGGCAGAAACCUUCGCGGCGUCAACUCAGGGAAGGAUUUCCCCAUAGAAUUCCUGCAGGAUAUAUACGAAGCAAUCAGGGACAACGAGAUCAUCCUACCGGACGAACAUGAUAACAAACAUGCCUUUGAAUACGCCUGGAAGGAACUUCUCAUGAAAACUACCGACGCUGGAGAUUUGGACCUGUGUGAAACCAACGCCUUUGAUGCAGAAAUGUUCAAAGCAACGUGGAAGCCUAUCAUCGCCACGCUUAAUUAUGUUUUCAUGUCCGCUUCGGAUGAUGCUGUCUUUUCUCGAGUUGUUGUCGGAAUCGAUCAAUGCGCACAGAUUGCCGCCAAAUACGGCAUUACCGAAGCCUUUGAUCGCAUCAUCUACAGCGUCAGCUAUAUCAGCGGCCUCGCUGCGGAAAUCCCUCCUAGCACUUCGUUGAACACCGAAGUCCAAGUUGGCAACAAGAGGGUCAUGGUCAGCGAGAUGGCUGUACGACUUGGCCGGGAUUUCCGGAUGCAAUUAUCAACGGUGCUCCUGUUCCGAAUUCUGUCAGGGAAUGAAGCUGCUGUUGGCGAGACGUGGAUCUAUGUGGUGAGAAUAUUGAGAAACUUGUUUGUCAAUUCUCUCAUCAAUCCUCCUGAGAUCGAAGGCAGCCGAUUGAAAGGUCUGGAACCAAUCCCGUUGCAGCCACCCUCCCAAGUAAUCGAUCGAGAUGGUAAACUUGGUGAAGGCGGUCUCUUUUCUACCUUCACCUCCUACAUCUCGAGUUACGCCGCCGAUGACCCUCCCGAACCAUCGGAAGAAGAACUUGAAAAUACCCUAAGUUCUAUUGAUUGUGUCAAAGCAUGCAAUGUCGAUGUUGUGAUGAAACAUAUUGCAAGCUUGCCCGCCCCCCAAAUCAAGGCCCUUGUCCAGGCCUUGUUAUCCCAGCUUGAUGACUCAUCACCUGUAGUUUCUGUCAAGCCUGAACGGCCCAUGCCAGUGACAGUCAGGGUCAAUGGUCACCGCAUGCCCAAGGCUGGGCCAGAAUACGAUCCUGGAACAGUAUUCCUACUGGAAUUUGCGACGAUGUUAACACUGAGGGAUGAAGAAACCAUAGGUACGGUGGGAGAGAAUCUGACGGCUUCUCUGCAAAGCGCAGUGAGAGAUGCUGCUAAUCUGCACCCUCUUGCUGCAUCACGGGUUGUACAUUACUUCUUGGAGCUAUUGAAGUACAGCCAUAAUCAAGACUUUAUGCGUGCGCCUGUGGUUUUACAUGCCAUAUCCAGCUUCGACGACACCGUGCUCGACCGGACGGCGAGCACAGUAGUCCAGGGAUUUUCUCUGUUGAUUGCUGAGCCAGAUGCGCUUCGUAAUGAUAUCACGAGUUCUCCCGAUUUCUGGUCCACUCUACAACGGCUACACCAGCACAAGACGGAGGCAGAGAACGUCUUCUCAAUCUUGUCGAUAUUGUCAACAUCAUCACCAACAGCUGUUACAGCUGACAAUUAUGAAGCAACAAUCGCUCUGGCGAACGACUUCGCGGCCGCUGGGUCGAUCGGCUCAAUACAAGAAAAACGACGGGAAUUUGCCGCGAGACGUGGCCAGCAGGCCAAACCCGCAAGGAACGAAGACAUCGUUGUUGUCCAACGCGCUAACAAAGCCAUCGCACUCAUCUACCAGAUCACAAGCCUAGCACCAUCUCUCAUUGAACAAUCGCAUUUGGAGCGUCAAGAGGCAUGGGCAGCCUAUUGGAGCCCCGUCUUUCGAGCACUUUGCGCGCAAUGUGUCAAUCCUUGCCGAGAGAUCAGACACCGCGCCCUUUCAGCAUUGCAGCGAGUGCUUCUUUCAGGAUCUGUGGCAGAUCAUGAAGAGCACGCCGAGUGGACAGCAGUGUUUGACGAGGUGCUAUUCCCGUUGACUCUGCGACUAUUGAAACCUGAGGUCUACCAAUUGGAUCCCACAGGUAUGAACGAAACGCGCAUCCAGAACGCAAGCAUUCUAUGCAAGAUCUUUCUCCGAUACCUCGACCGCCUGGUUACAUGCGGACGGAUGCCGGAUGUAUGGGUCAAAGUGUUGGAACUUCUCGACCGCCUAAUGAACUCUGGGACCGAAGGCGAUGCCCUAGCGGAGGCUGUUCGUGAAGGAGUCAAGAAUGUGCUUCUGGUCAUGGACGGCGCCGAUUACCUCGAACGCAAUGGACUUGCCGCUGGAGUCACACCUCCCAAACCAGUCACACCACGCAAAGACAAACCCGAAACCUCGGCUAAAGAAGAGGAAGAAGGAGAAGAAGGAAAAGAGACCGACGAGGCAGAAGACGAGCAAGACACUACGCCAACCAUUGAGAUAUGGAGCGAAACCAACAGGCGUUUGGAUAGGUUUUUGCCUGGGUUGAUGGAGGAGCUUUUCCCAGCUCCACCUCCCCCUCCCCCUGUCGCUGCCUCGGCUCCUGCUCCUACGGAACAACAGGGCCCUUCAUCCUCUGAAGACCCGGCGGCGGCGGCGGCGGCAAAAGAAGGUUAAAUAGGUUAGACGUAAAGAUCCUGCGCAUUGCAGGCGAUUCGAGUAUACAAAGUUCAAAAACCAUUAGUCGCCAACCGAUCUGCCACUGUAUGUAAACGUAAUGCAUAUGCAGUUGAACAGCCGGGAGCGGUGCUACAGGAUAUCAUAUAUAGUCUCUUGCGAUUAAUUCG